AUGGACAAGCUAGCACGGGAACCCCGACAUGGGCCUCAUUUCAAUGAACUCCGGCGGUUCCUUAGCCAAAUCCAAGCCCACAAACAAGCUUGGCCCUUCCUCUCUCCAGUCAACAAAGACGAAGUCCCGGAUUAUUACAAGGUCAUUGAAUCCCCAAUGGAUCUACCGACAAUGGAAGAAAGAUUGGAGAAUGAUUCGUAUUCUACCCCGAAAGCCCUUGUCGACGAUCUCAAGUUGAUCUUUCGCAAUUGUCGGCAGUAUAAUGAGGCAACAACGGUAUAUUCCAAGUGCGCAUCCAAGCUGGAGAAAUACAUGUAUUCUCUAAUCAAGGAGAUACCGGAGUGGUUCGACUUACUGGAGGAUUGA